ACCAUGGAUACCAGCAUGCGCAAAUUCACAGUGCGGAGAUGGUUCUCCAUCUAUCUGAAGAACAAGGCAGCGAGAAACAAAAACAACACAAACUUCUGCCAACUAGAGGAUGACAGUAUCCUGAAGGAGAUUGACAUCAGCAACCAUGUUAAGGAGGGCUGUGACAAAGCGGAUCCCUCUCAGUUCCAGCUGCUUAAAGUGCUGGGACAGGGCUCCUACGGAAAGGUUUUCCUUGUCAGAAAGAUCCGCGGGGUGGACAGAGGACAGCUCUAUGCCAUGAAAGUCCUAAAAAAGGCCACACUUAAAGUUCGGGAUCGCGUGAGGUCAAAGAUGGAGAGGGACAUCCUGGCCGAAGUGAACCACCCAUUUAUUGUUAAGCUACACUAUGCCUUUCAGACGGAGGGGAAGCUCUAUCUGAUCCUAGACUUCCUCAGAGGAGGAGACCUCUUCACUCGUCUGUCAAAAGAGGUGAUGUUCACAGAGGAGGACGUCAAGUUUUACCUUGCGGAGCUGGCUCUGGCUUUGGACCACCUACACAGUCUGGGGAUCAUCUACAGGGACCUCAAGCCUGAAAAUAUUCUUCUGGAUGAAGAGGGACAUAUCAAGAUAACCGACUUUGGACUAAGUAAGGAAGCCAUAGAGAACGAUAAACGAGCCUACUCCUUCUGUGGUACUAUAGAGUACAUGGCUCCCGAGGUGGUCAACCGGAGAGGACACACACAGAGCGCAGACUGGUGGUCGUUUGGGGUACUGAUGUUCGAGAUGUUAACUGGAUCAUUACCAUUCCAAGGAAAAGACCGCAAGGAAACAAUGGCACUUAUUUUGAAAGCUAAACUUGGAAUGCCACAGUUCCUCAGCCCUGAGGUCCAGAGUUUAUUAAGAGCACUCUUCAAAAGAAACCCUGCUAACAGACUGGGUGCAGGACCAGAUGGAGUGGAAGAGAUAAAGAGACAUCGUUUCUUUGCAACAAUCGACUGGAAUAAGUUGUACAGGAGGGAGGUGAGGCCUCCAUUCAAACCAACAGUAGGAAGACCGGAAGAUACUUUCCACUUUGACCCCGAAUUCACCUCAAGAACACCAACUGAUUCUCCUGGUAUCCCACCCAGUGCCAACACACACCAGCUGUUUCGGGGUUUCAGCUUUGUAGCCACCAAUCAAAACCAGGAGCCCAGUGCAACGACGGUAACGCCUUCCCGACAGGAAGUGACUAACAUCAACCCCUUAACCCAGCACCUCCGUGGGAAUGUGUUGUUUAGUGAUGUGUAUGAGAUGAAGGAGGAAGUUGGACAGACAGCGACUUACAUCUACAGAAGAUGUCUGCACAGGGUUACUGCGGUGGAGUAUUCUGUUAAGAUUAUUGACAGAACAAGAAAAGAUCCAUCAGAAGAGAUUGAGAUUUUGUUAAGAUAUGGACAGCAUCCAAAUAUUGUAACCCUGAAGGAUGUGUAUGACGAUGGCCAGUCCAUGUACCUUGUUCAGGAACUGCUGAGAGGAGAUGAACUGCUAGACAGAAUUCUGACCAUGCCAAACUUCACAGAGAGAGAUGCCUCGGACAUCAUCUGUGUCCUGACCAAGACCGUAGAAUACCUACAUUCACAAGGGGUAGUACACCGCGACCUGAAACCCAGCAACAUCCGCUACGCUGACGACACCGGACUCCCAGACAGCAUCAGAAUCUGUGAUUUUGGUUUUGCCAAACAGCUCAGAGCUGAGAACGGUUUACUCAUGACCCCCUGUUACACAGCUACUUUCAUGGCUCCAGAGGUACUAAAGAAGCAGGGCUAUGAUGCAGCUUGUGACAUCUGGAGCCUGGGCAUCCUGCUCUACACAACGAUAGCUGGUUUCAGCCCAUUUGCAAGCAGUCAAGAAGACACACCAGAGGAGAUUCUGGCUCAGAUUGGCAGCGGGAAGUUUUGUAUUGAUGGAGGGAACUGGGAUCUGGUGUCAGAAGCUGCCAAGGACAUUGUGGCCAAGAUGCUACACGUGGACCCUCAUCAGCGUCUGACAGCCCCCCAGGUUCUUCGUCACCCCUGGAUUGUUGAGCGAGACCUGCUCACAGACAGAGUCCUCACCAGACACGACGCACUCAAAGUCAAGGGGGCUCUGUCUGCUACGUAUUCUGCUCUGAAGCGCUGCACUCCUGCUCCCGUCCUGGAGCCUGUCCUGUCCUCCAGCCUGGCUCAACGCAGAGGAAUGAAGAAACUGGGUAGCCCCAAAGCUAACCCUACACCUAACAAAACGGACCUGCCACAGCACCCAGAGCAGACCGCUGAAGAAACCGACAGCAGCUCCAAAUAA